CGUGUUUAUCUGUUUUUGAGCAGGUCUGGUAUGCCUCAUACACAGCAGACGGAAGAAUCGCGAGUCUGGGUGAGAAAAAACGGUAAAGAAUGGCUGAAUUUGCAUGUACAUCGCUCUACUCUAUCUGGCAGCGGUGUAGUCUCUGGCUGCAACGGUGGCUUAUCAACUCAACCUGCUAAAUCCGCUUUUCUAGAAUCUCAGAUUGCCUUUUCCCAACGUUAUUAUGGUUUUGAUGCUUUACCCUUCUUUGGCAUUACGAGAAUUAAUACCUGGAAUUAUGCAGCUUUCGUUAAAUAA